ACCACCACCACCACCCCUCUUUCUCUAUAGCCAUGGUACCCUCAUCAUCACAUGAGUUAUAGUCAAGCCAUUAACCCUUCAUUUUUUGUUGUUCUAUCAAAAACAUUUUCAACAUAGAAAAUCAAGCAACAUCUAAGGUUCUUGAAAACUUUUAAGCUUAAAAAACUUAAAACCUAAGUAAGCCAUUAUCACUUUUUUUGGGAUUUCUAUAUUAGUAAACCCUAAACAUGUUUCCUUCAAGCAAUAACCAUGAUACUUUUUCCUAUACCUCAAAAACAUUUCUUGAAAGAUCUUUUACAUAUGAUCAUCAAAACCCUAGUUCAAGUUCAAGACAAGAAGAUAAUCCAUUUUUCUUGAACUUCCCUUCUCCAUUUCUUGAUCAUAAUGAGUCUCCCUUGAGCCAAAUAUUGCCUCAUAAGCACCAAGAUCAUCAUGUCAAAGAGGGAAAUUUUACUCAUCUUUCUAGUGAAAUAUCAAAGGAGGAAAUGUCUAUUGAGGCUAAACCAACAUCAAAGAAGAGAAGUCUUAGCACAACACCACGAAGGAGGACAGGGAAGAAGGAUAGACAUAGCAAGAUUUGCACUGCUCAAGGUGUGAGGGAUCGAAGAGUAAGAUUAUCCCUUCACAUAGCGCGUAAGUUCUUUGAUCUCCAAGACAUGUUAGGCUUUGAUAAAGCAAGUAAAACCAUAGAAUGGCUUUUUUCCAAAUCCAAUAAUGCCAUAAAAGAGCUCUCAGAAAAUUACACCCCACAAAAAGAAUAUAGUGAAGGUAACAAGAUUGUUAUAAAUAGUAACAAUAGUUCAAGUAGUGAAGGAAAGAGUGAUUCCUUUAUGUCAGAGUCUGAGGAGAACUCAAUCAAUGAAUUAGGAAAAGAUAAGGAAAAAAUGAUGAUGCAAAAUAAUCCUCAUAAAAGGGAAUCAAGGGAAAAAGCAAGAGCUAGGGCUAGGGAGAGAACCAAAGAAAAAAUGAUGAUAAAAGGUCUAGAAAAAUGUAACCCUAGUAACAUGUUUGAUCAAUUAGGGUCAUCAAGAAGCAAUAGUGGUUUUCUUGAUCAAGAUUCAAAUAACAAUUCUUACAACACAAGUGUUAAUCAAGAAAAAGGUUCUCCACAUGAAGCCAAUUCUCAAUCUCUAGAACAUCAUUUUCCAAUUCAAAAUUAUUUAGGUGGUACAAGUACUAAUUCAUCAACAAUAGAUGUUGGAAAUUAUUUCAUGAGUUUUCAUGGAAAUUGGGAAAUCAACUAUGCUCCAAUGAAAUCAAGCAACUAUAGUACUACAUUUGCAGGUAACCCUAGCUCAAUUUACUUGGCUCAACAAUAUCAGACAUUGGAUCAAGAAAAAAAUCUAUCCUGCAGACAUCAUAGAUUGGAAUAAAUUUCAAGUCGAUUGUACGUGCGCGAUUUUUAAUAUAAUGUAUGUUAUAUCUCCUAUGGUUUGAUUUUCUUUUUUUGGUUGUUGUUGUUGGUUGAUUUUUGCAAUGUGGAAAAAUUCUAUUAUUUUGCUUUUGAUGUUUUUGGUGUGUAGAAAAGGAAGAGAAUGUGUUUAUGAAUAAAAUUUGUUGUUUCAUUA